AUGUUUUCCCGUGGCUUACGUGCUGAAACACGUAGCAAAACAAAGGAGGAUUUAAAACGCGUCAAUAAAUCAAACGGUCAUGUCCGAAAUUGGGAAAAGAAAUGGGUUGCGGUGAAAGAUACUUCAAUGCUGGUGUACAAAUGGAUUCCCUCGCUGGCGGUGGACGCUGCCCAUCUGAAACGAACCUCUUUUAACAGACAGGCAUCUGCUACGCACAACACUCACAACACUGGUGGCCUACUCGCAUCCUUCGGUCGUUCCAAGCCGGUUUCCGAAACGACUGUUUGUAAUGAUACACGCAAUGGCACAGACACAACUGACGAACAAGCACCUCAGACAACCGUUCAGACGUCUAAAUCCACUGAGCCCCCCGCGGAGGAUGAUAAAAGUGGAAAUACAGAGUCCGUAUCGUUGGACGAACCACCGCAUGACGAAGUUUCGCACCUGGAGCCUCCCGAAGCAACCGGUGACUCCAGUGAAGUUCCCCCAAUCCUCACUCUCUCUGGUGAGAUGGUUGCUGAAGUUGCAACAGAACAAUGA